UGAGAGGGGACUUGCAUCAGUCCUGGCUGCUUCUGCUUCCCCAGUCAGACCUCCAGUUUCUCCCCCUCACACCACCGGCAAGUAAUGAAAUGCCAGGCACCGCACAAGUUCCUGAGAUUACGGAGACUAAUCAUUUAUCAUCCCAUCAUCAGGGGAUAUAGUUGAUCAUGUCAGCUAGGCCCCUUAAGAGUUCCGGAUAUCUGUGGUGACUUCUUGUCUCCAGUACAGCAGCAGCAUGUGGCAGCUGGUACUACCAACAGCUCUGCUACUUCUAGUUUCCUCUGGUGUCCGAGCUGCAGAUCGCCAAAAAGCUGUGGUGAUCCUAGAUCCUGAAUGGGUCAGGGUGCUCCAGGAAGAUAAUGUGACCCUCAGGUGCCAGGGUGCCUAUCCUCCUGGGGACAAUUCUACCGAAUGGUUCUAUAAUGGAAGCCUCAUCUCACACAAGGACUCCAUCUACUUCAUCAAAAAUUCCAGAGUCAGCAACAGCGGCGAGUACAGAUGCCGGACAGGCCUCUCCCUGCUCAGUGACCCGGUGCAACUGGAAGUUCACAUGGGCUGGUUGUUGCUCCAGACCUCUCAGUGGGUGUUCCAGGAGGGGGAGCCCAUUCGUCUGAAAUGCCACAGCUGGAGGAAUAAGCCGGUAUACAAGGUCAUGUAUUUGCAAAAUGGCAAAAGCAAGAGGUAUUUUCCUCAGAAUUCUGAAUUCUACAUCCCAGAAGCUACACAGGAUCACAGUGGCUCCUACUUCUGCAGAGGGAUGAUCGGGCGUAACAACAAGUCUUCAGACACUGUGAAGAUCAUUGUCCAAGGUCCAACAUCUCCAUCCAUCACAGUGGGUUUCCCUCCAUGGCAUCAAAUCACUUUCUGCCUGCUGAUAGGACUCAUGUUUGUAGUAGACACGGUGCUGUAUUUCUUUGUGCAGAGGAACCUGCGAAGUUCAAUGAAAAGCUGGAAGGAAUCCAAAUUUCAAUGGAACCGAGACCCUCAGGACAAGUGAUCCCUUUCCCUACAGGGUAAUAAGUGCAAGGGUGUAGCAACUAGGAACCUCACUCAGGAUUUGCAUCCUCAUCAUCUGCAUUAGGCAUGUCCUCAAGCCACAGGAAAAAUACAAGGAAGGGCCCCUCCUCUGUUUCUUUUUGUCUCCAAUGGAUGGUCUGAAUGGAAAGGAAAGGUGUGGGAUCUUCAAGGGCCAAGCACGAAGCCCCAGUGAGUAGGUAGCUGCCCUUCCAGGAACAGAUGUCUCAAAGUUCUAGGUUUCCUCUGUGCCAACCAUUCCCUAAAAGCAAAACAGGAGCAUGGGCUUUGGGUGAUGACCCUUUCCAUGUUCAACAAUGUUUCCUAAAUAAACAGAUAAGUAGAAACAUGAAUGAAUGGUUGAGGCAAGAUUAGUGGUCUGCGUUUGUUUGAAUGGUUGAGGCAGGGUUAGUGGACAGUGGUCUGCAUCUGUUGCUGCAAGGCUGGUUGCCUUUAGGAGACUCCCAAAUUCCUUCCAGACAAAUGUGGGAACUUCUGGGAAUCUAAGCAAUGCAGCAGAUCUGACGGAGGAGAUGGCUGAGGAAGAGCAGGGAAAGGGAGGUCUCACCCCUUCCUCAGCAGUUAUAGGCAGUUAACGGUUUCUGGGGAAAGAACAGUCACUUUCUUCAGUUGUAUAGUCACUAGUAAAUUACACAAACUCCCUUAAUAAUCUACCACCCAUGCUCAUGCCCUUAUUAGAGUCAGUGAUAACAAACAAACAAGACUUGAAAGUAGAAGAGGGACUUGUGGGAAGAAGAGAGGCUUCAGUGGGAGUUGGCGGGGGGAGGGUAAUGGUGGGUGAAAAAUUAGCAAAAUGCAUUAUAUAUAUAUGUAUGAUAAUUGUCAAAGAAUAAAAAUAUUUUUAAAAAGAGAAAAAGAGUCCAGGACAGACCAGGGGAAGGGCUACCAUCUGAGCCCAGAGAUAAUGCUGUCUAUCUUCCUAAACUAGGAGCCAUGGCUGAGUGACUCAGUAGGCAAUUGCACACGUGUCAUCAGCAUGACUUGUUCAGGAGAGUCUUGAUCAGAAUUGGGAUGAUCUGAGGGCAUAUAAUGUUAGCCUCCUAGAGACUAGGGGUGGAAUGUGGGUUUGAAAAGAAAGCAGUGAACAACCCCGUGAUGUGCUAAGUGAACAGAUAUAGCCAGCUCAACAUCUGAACUGAGAAAACCUGUCAAGAAAGAGUCAACCACAAAUUCACAGGAAGGAAUGGUCAUGGGGCGAAGGUGCCUUUGUUAACCAAAGUAGCAAGAAUUAGAGAGAAGAGGCACAGGGACUGUAAAACCAGCUUUUCUGCUUCACUAUCUAACGCAGGUACAGUUUUGUUCACAUCAUUCAUUAAAUAAAUAUCAGAUAGCCAACACUCAUGGUUAAAUCAUAAAACCUUCAAUCUCCUCAGUAUGUCAGUACCGAUGGGCUGGGGAUGGAGACAGCAAUGACUGCUUAUUUUAAAGAGAACUUGGACUAUCUCUUUCUGCUUUCAGUAUUUUUAAUAAAACAUUUCUUACUUUCAAUAAAACUUUUUUUUACAAGAUCUUGCUUGUUAAUUUCAGAAGACUGGAAAAAAAAAAUG